AUGAUCUUCACCGCUAACAGAAUCACGACACUGACAAUCCCAGUUGCUUGGGUGAGCGAAAGGGACAUUCUGCCUGUAGAGUCAGUAUAUAGAAAAGUAUGUCUCUAUCAUGGAAGAAAUCCUCCUAUGAAGUCUGCAGGGAGGAUUGUCACAAUCAAGAACAAAGGCAGCUCGGGAAAGAAGCCAGAAGGAAUGGCCAGCAGUAUAGAGAAGAAAAUAUACAUCCCACCAGGUCUCAAUCGGUCAACUUCUAUGGGUUGUUUCGGCAUAGCCUACCAAGACCAAAGCCAGUACCUCUCCACCGUUGCACUCUCCCAGCAAUAA